AUGGAACUCACUCUGAUGGAAAACCUUAUAAAUGUAAUGCAGGUAGUAGAACUUUCUAACAACAGUCAUGUAGAACUCAACAAUAUCACAUUCACACGCCCGUUGACGAAAGUGAAGUUAAUCAACGAGGUCAAGGAGCGAGAGGUCCAGCUGGGGGUGGCGGAGAAGGUGUCCUGGCACUCCGAGUACAAGGACAGCAGCGCCUGGAUCUUCUUGGGAAGACUUCUUUGUGAACUGACUAAAGGGGAUGUUAUCUGUGUCUUCUACCAACAUGGUGAGAUCGUUAACAUAAAUCUGGUACGGGAUAAGAAGACUGGGAAAUCCAAGGGAUUCUGUUUCCUUUGCUAUGAAGACCACCGGAGCACAAUUCUGGCUGUUGACAAUUUUAAUGGCUUCAAGUUCAAAGGACGAACUCCUCCAGUGGAUCAUGUGUCUAACUAUAGGGCUCCUAUGGACUCAGAUGAAUUGGAUACUGUGUCCAGACUGCUUCAGAAGACGGGCUGUGGGGAUUACACACCUACAAACAGUUCAUCUAAGGACUCUGAAGAUGACAAACCAACAAAAAAACACAUAAAAGACAAAAAGGAAAAAAAGAAAAUCAAAAGCGGGAGGUACAGCCAGAUCCACCAGUCUCCUCUUCAUCACCCAGAAGCAAGAUGCUAAAGGAAAACAAUUCCCUUGACUGUAAAAAGUUCAACAGCAAGAACUCUGAAAAGGUUCAGAAGUAAGAGUCCAGGGAGGGGCUGAAGCAGUACCACAGCUCCUCUGAGGUCAGGACAGCCUACCACUCCGGAGCAGAGGCCCAAGACAGGGAGUCAAAG